CUUGGUGUCUUGGCUAUAGUGGACAUUGGCCUGGCUACCACCAUCAUGCCCAAGAUCCUGGCCAUUCUCUGGUUUGAUGCCAAGGCCAUCAGCCUCCCUGAGUGCUUUGCUCAGAUCUAUGCCAUCCACUCUUUUAUGGGCAUGGAGUCAGGCAUCUUCCUCUGCAUGGCUGUUGACAGAUAUGUAGCCAUCUCUUACCCUCUUCAGUACCCUGCCAUAGUCACUGAGGCUUUUGUGAUCAAAGCCACACUGUCCAUGGUGCUCAGGAAUGGCCUCUUGACCAUCCCAGUGCCUGUACUGGCUGCCCAGCGACACUACUGCUCCAGGAAUGAAAUUGACCACUGCCUGUGCUCUAAUUUGGGGGUCACUAGUCUGGCCUGUGAUGACAUCACUAUUAACAGAUUUUACCAGUUGGCCUUGGUAUGGGUUAUGGUUGGGAGUGACAUGGGUCUGGUGUUUGCUUCCUAUGCUUUGAUUAUUCGCUCCGUGCUGAGGCUGAACUCUGCUGAAGCAACAUCAAAGGCCCUGAGUACCUGCAGCUCCCAUCUCAUCCUCAUUCUCUUUUUCUACACAGCUGUUAUUGUGGUCUCUGUCACCCAGCUGGCAGGAAGAAAGGUCCCUGUCAUCCCUGCUCUCUUCAAUGUGCUA